AUGAGUGGGGUCCGGGAUCACACCAAUACUGCGCCAGAUCAUUUUGACAUAAACUCGCCGCCGCGGCGACUGCCCCACAAGGCCCCUUUUGUUGAUGAUGAUGAAGAGGUGGAGUUCGUCUCUUACACCCUGGGUGCACCGACUACCGGUUCUGCUCCUGUAAAGCGCAAUGGAACGAUGAAAUUGUGUUCGAUGGUGCCUGAGGAUGAGACGGAGAGUGAAACUAGUAGCAGCCUUGAAAGCAGCGGCGAUGAUGGCGGUGCCUGCGUAUAUCAUGCUGCUGCUGCUGGUGUUGCAAAUAGCACUUCUGCUAGUAGUAGUAGUGGCGGUGGUGGUAACGGGUUGCCCCAGCAGGAAAUUGGCACUGGAUCUACCACGUCAUGCCUGGGAACCAGCAGCCCGUGGAAAACUGAGUUAACUUUGAGCGGGGAGGAGAGAGCGGUUUGCUCCACGGAGGUCAUAGAAGGUGGUGGCGAUAGUGCAGAGAAGAAGCAGGGGAAGAGUUCCCAUAUGUGCAAACUAGCAAUCGAGAACGCAGAUACUUUUACGACAACCGAUGGGACUCCCCGAUUAUGGAAGUCUGACUGUUUCUUUUGUAUUUUAUGCUUUUGUGAUUGCGACACGGUGUGCAGAGUGAUGUUGUUGUGCAGUGAAUUUUAUAAACUUGCUACGCACGACAAGGUCUGGAAAAAUAUUAUCCGCAGCAUGAAUUUGCAGCCACUGCUUGCUUUGCCCAAAACGCCCACGCAGGGGUACUAUCGAUACUUCCUUGACGACAUCAUCACCACAAGGGCUUUGCAUGGCCAAUACUCCUUUAGAGCAAACACUGCAGAGGCACAGUUGGCAGCUGCGGAGCCAACUCGAGGCGGCGACGGCAUGAAAGUGGCGAUGCCGCAGUACUUGCCUUGUUUUGGGGAAAUUUCCAAAUAUCACAUCCAUACGGCAACGCUGAUUUGCUCUCCUGCCUCACUCGGUCAAAUGAACCAUCCGAUUGGCCGAGUGCAACUGCUUAUAGAGUACAUUGACAAGAGCAAAGAGAUGAUAGAGGGCGUGGCACGCUUCUCAUGGCAUCGUAAAUGUUUUGUUUUCUGCUGCAGUUCUCCUGAGUCAGGAAUCCGUGGUCAGGUGUUUACAGUGGCUAUCAGCAGCGUCGAGAAGCCGUGGUGCAACCAGUCAAUGGAGCAGUUCGGGGCGCACAAGGGCGGCCUUCGCUUCGUCAUGGCACCCGUGCUCUUGGAGGGUGCGAUCCCGGGGUCAAAAAUCACGGAGAUGGACCUUGUUAGCGUGAGUUGCCCACCCACAACGAGACAGGGGACGGCAUGGACGUAG